AUGCUCCAAGUGAAGGACGUAUACAUUACUGAUGCUGGGAAAACGCAGGAAUUAUUGAAGCGGUUUGCCGUAUGGAGCAGAGAGAAUAUUAACGUUUUGGAAAAUGUUUUGGAUGGAUUUCCGAGUAGUAUUGACUGGGACACCUUGAUAGAUAUGUUCAAGGAUCUGGAUGCACCAUGGACCUCGGAGGAAUCAUACAUUAUACUGUCCCAGUUAGAUCCUAAUGAUAACGGUGUUGUGUCUAGCUCGACUUUUCUUCACCUAACUGAGCAAACGGGAAAUACCCCAACUUUCUCACCAUUGCAAUCCAUCCACGAAAGCACGAUGUUAUUCACACCUGAUUCCGAAUCAACUGUGCACGUAUACCUGCGACCCGCUUCGUCAAUGGCUCCUGGGAGUUUGCUGAACGUUGAACUUAAUGUGGGUAGUCAAACCACUAUACAACAGCUAAGUCGAACAUUGCUGUUUCUACUGGAUUUGCCAGCUACAGAACUGCUCAUCCGAGAAUCUAGAUACAAUGGCCCACAAGUCGACCCAAAUACAAAACUGGAGGCUCUGAAUCCAGAGGAUUCUAUCACCCUGUUUUACGAGUAUCCCGUUGGGUACGCUGAUUGUCCACUUAUUCGAUACGAUCAUUACUUCAAAUGGCGAACGGUUGAUCGUUUUUUGAGUGAAUAA